GAUGAGGCUCAGCUGUGUAACGACUGGACUGGUUCCAUCAGGCAUCAAGCUAUAAGUGGAUAAGUAGAGAGCUAUCUGCUAGGUAACUAGGAUUCUUCAAUUCCCUAAUUGUCAAUUACGUAGUUCACUAUAAGGUACACGAACAGUAGGAGCGAGCUCUCAAUAAUGUCCCCUGAAAACAAAUCAUCAUACUCUCCGCAGCGAACAGGGUCCUGGCUCGUGUGCAAAACAUGCGGGACCCAAUUCCCCACGGACGACAAGAGCAAAGUGACGACGUGCUUCAUCUGCGACGACCCGCGGCAAUACGUGCCGCCCAGCGGGCAAUCCUUCACCUCGCUCUCCGCGCUGCGCAGCAGCGGGAAACACAAGAACGUCUUCACGCCGAUAGCCGCGGACCCAGAGCAUCUUGUCGCCAUCGCGACGUCGCCCAAGGUCGGCAUCGGACAGCGCGCCAUUCUCGUCCGGACGGGCCAGGGAAACGUGCUAUGGGAUUGCAUCACGCUUCUCGACGACGAGACGAUUGCCAGAGUGAACGACCUAGGCGGGAUAAACGCCAUCGUGAUCUCGCACCCGCACUACUACUCCACACAUCUGGAAUGGGCGCGCGUAUUCGAUUGCCCCGUGUACCUCGCGGGGGAAGACAAGGAGUGGUUAGCACAGCGCGAUUCGGAGCGGCAGAUCUUCGUCUCCGAGGUAGAGACGCAGGUCCACGGGACCACGGUGCUGAAACUGGGGGGGCAUUUCCCCGGUUCCUUGGUCAUGUUAUACGAGGGCAAGUUAUUGAUCGCGGAUACCUUUUUCGCGACGCCGUCGGGGCUGGGGAACUGGGAUGCGGACGCGCUGGGCGCCGCGCGCGGGCGGCCGGCGGAGAUGAGCAGUUUCGCUUUCAUGUGGAGUUAUCCGAAUAUGAUCCCGCUUGCGCCUGAUGCUCUCGAGGCGAUGUGGGCCGUGUUGAAGAGGUAUGAGUUUGGGAGUACGCAUGGUGCGUUCCCGGGGAUGGAUAUUGUUAAGACGCCGAGGGAGAUGAAGAAGAGGGUGUUGGAGAGCAUGCAGAUACAGAUCAGGUAUUCUGGGCACGGGGAACAUGCGAUGUUGAAAGAGAGUAUUGCAUGAUGGCGGAGGGAUUGUAAUGGGGUAAAAUGAGUCUGUUGAUUUUGUUCGCUCUCUGUUUAAUCAUAAUCAUAUUUUGAUUAUCGCAAGGCCAAU